AAUCAAAACCGAAGUGAGUGAAAAGCUGUAAGCACGCCUUUCUCUUCCACUAUUACAAGUGAACCGCACUCUCUGUUCUUGAAAGGAGCCUUCCCCAUUCAUCAAUUCCCCAGAAAAACCCUAGCAAUUCAUCUUCAAUCAAAUGGGAGGUGAAGAUAAUGUAAAGCAUAUCGAAGAUUGCUCAGUUUCCAAUGCAUUGGGUACUUGGGUAUUCUCAGUGGCAGGAGCUUUGCUAGCAAUUCCAGUGGGGAUAAAGCGCAAAUCUCUUGCACCUCUUGUAUUUUUUGGCACCACUGGUACUAUGGUGGAUAUCAUUUUGGGAAUUAGUGCAUGUGAAAGGGAACAUGCAGAGCGCCAAAUGAAGCUUCUUGAAGCCCAGAGUGCUGCUGCAGCUGAGACCUCUUUGGGAGAGACAAAAGUUGAUUCAUAACUUCUGUAUCUUGAGGUUGUCAUAUUGGUUUCUCAUGAUUGUAACAAACUAAAUUCACUUUUCUGGUAGCCCGUGGUUAAUUGUUCUGCUAAUUGGCGCCUUGUUAUUGGCCUUUUUCCUCUAGCAGUACAAACAA